AUGGAGAAGAAGCAGAUGAAGGAUUUUAUGAAUACCUACUCCAACCUCGUUCAACGCUGCUUCAACGACUGCGUCACCGACUUCACCUCCAAGAGCCUCCUAGGCAAGGAAGAGGGCUGCGUGAUGCGCUGCGUGGACAAGUUCUUCAAGAGUUCGGAGAGGAUAGGAGAGCGGUUCCAGGAGCAGAACGCUGCGGCGGCGCAGGGCGCUGGUCCGGGUAUGGGACGGUAG